AUGGCGAACAAGGCUUCUUGGCUCACGGCCGCCCAGGCUAGACCAUUGAAAGUGGAUGAUGCACCAAUGCCUCAGCCUUCUGCGGACGAGGUCGUUGUAAGGAAUCACGCUGUCGCCAUCAAUCCGGUCGAUUGGGCUAUCCAGGCCGCAGGGAUGUUACCACUUCCAUAUCCACAUAUUGGAGGCUGUGACACUGCCGGAGAGAUCGAGGCUGUGGGAUCCUCCGUCAAGAAUCUCAAGGUUGGAGAUCGUGUGGUCGCUACCCUGGACCCAUAUGGUGGUGGUGAUGGCCCGGAUUCUCGAAGAGGAGCUUUCCAGUUAUUUUCACUGGCUCGAGAGGCUGGUACUACGAAGAUUCCAGAUAACAUCAGCUAUUCUGAGGCGGCUGUCCUGCCAUUGGCAGUUUCGACUUCAGCCAGCGCGCUAUUCCAGAACGAUACUUUGGGACUACAACUCUCUACUUCUGGGGGUAACCGAGGAAAAGUCGUCCUUAUCUGGGGCGGCGCCACCAGUCUCGGCGCGUGUGCGAUUCAACUGGUCUCAGCCGCAGGUUACGAUGUCGCAACGACCUCCAGCACCCGCAAUUUCGACUCCAUGAAGUCCUUAGGUGCUAAAUAUGUUUUCGACCACGCCAAGGCAAACGUCGUUGAUGAUAUCAUUGCAGAAUUGAAGCACCUGGACUUCGGUGGUGUGUACUGUGUUGUCUUAGUGCCUGAAGCGAUUAAGCAGUGCGCAGAAAUAGCAAGUAAGCUUGAUGGCAGGAAAUUAGUCUCGACAGUCCUUGCACCAGUCAUGCCGCUUGCAGAUGAUCUGCCAAGUGAUGUUCGAUAUACUAAAGUGUACGGCACCUCCCUCCUAGACAACGAAGUCGGGCCUGCAGUCUGGGGAAAGAUGGUUCCUGAAGGUCUCGCCAGCGGAACUUUUAAGUGUGUCCCUCCUCCGCUUGUUGUUGGUCAAGGGCUCGAAGCCAUUCAGGGUGCUUUAGAUAGAUGGAGGGAGGGUGUUUCAUAUCAGAAGGUUGUGGUUGAGCUCCCGUAG